AGAGGUUGUGAGGAGGAUAUUGAAUGAGUGGCUAACAUAAUUAUAAUUACUUUUAAAAACACUUCAUCGCUCCUACUUUUGGAAAGCACAGAUGACAAGAUAUAUUUUUAGAAAUUGUUUCAAUCAGAUGGUCACAAAUCUCUCUAUCUACCUACCUCAAGUGACCAAAGAUUUGCGUCUGAUCAAUCCCUUUCUCACCCUUCACUUCCUCUACAUUCAAACAAGUCAAACACUGUUGGUUCUUUAGAACCGGUCGAUUAAAGUCCCAUAGGAGGUGUGAAGGAUACAGCUCUCUCAUUAAGUAGGAGCUGCUCCACCGUCUGAUAGAUGUAGGAGAGCCGCACGCGUGGCACCCAUGUAGAGAUUGUGAUUAAUAUUUCAUCUUUAAUGGCAUCUAUUUAUUAUUUUUCAAAAAAAAAAAAACAAGUCAAUACUCAAGCAAGUAACUUACGCACUCAAGCAGAGGAGAAGCCUGGAGAGAGUUCUGAGAAAUUACAGAGCAAUGGAAGCCAUGGCAGCAGCGAAACCAGUGAUCAAAGUAGCUGCCCUUUGUGGGUCUUUAAGGGAAGGCUCUUACAAUAGAGGCUUACUUCGUUAUGCAAUGGAGCUAACUAAGGAAGAGAUUGAUGGGAUUCAGAUUGAUUACAUUGACAUUUCGCCACUUCCUAUGCUCAACACUGACCUCGAGGUUAAUGGAAAGUAUCCGCCUGUUGUCGAGGCUUUCAGGCAGAGGAUUUUGGCGGCUGAUAGCAUCCUAUUUGCUUCCCCUGAGUACAACUACUCUGUUACUGGACCCCUGAAGAAUGCAAUUGACUGGGCUUCUCGAUCACCAAAUGUUUUUGCCAAUAAAGCUGCUGCCAUUGUAAGUGUUGCAGGAAGCUUAGGUGGUGCGCGAGCACAAUAUCAUUAUCGCCAGAUUGGGGUUUAUCUUGAUCUUCAUUUUAUAAACAAACCUGAGUUUUUCUUGAAUGCAUAUGAGUCUCCAGCGAAGUUUGAUAGUGAUGGCAACCUUAUUGAUCCAGCAUCCAAGAAGAGAAUGAAAAAUGUUCUUCUUGCAUUGCAAGCCUUUACUCUGCAACUCCGAGGCUGCAAUUUCAAUCUCUCAACAACAUCCGAGUUCCCAAGGCAGAUUGGCAGAUUAUCUGAGGAAGGACAUGUCUUAACACCAUGCACCGAAGGAAGCCUUGCUCCACCAUUCCCUGCUAGCACAAGGUACAAGCUUGGAAGAACAUCUGAAACAUAUGAUUGGUAUGAUUUGGAGACCUGCAACAACGAAAGAAGUGUUCUUAGUCAGUUUCAAAACGAGAAUUUCAGUCUCAAGAAUAAAAGGUACACUCCUAAUGUAAGGGAAAGGAUGUAUAAAUUGGGAUUGGUUGCAUCUUGGGUGUUUUUCCUUAUCGUAAUCAUGCUCAAUAAUUGGGUUAAUAGCAUCGAGGAUGCUUGCUGCAAGAGGAAUGUGUUUGGCAGGAGCCUUGAUCUCUGGGUGGCCCAUAGUUAAGAAUGUUACGGACAGUCACCAUUUUAGAUUCUCGGGUUCAUAUGCAGUCGAUUUCGAAAUAGAAGCAUGCAUGAAAGCAUUGCUAGAAUUAAGCCAAUCUAUGAAACUUGGUUUAAGUUGAGAUGCUGUUUGUAAGUAGAAGCAUUGUUGCUGCUUUUGGCCUGUGCUUUAAUGGAAGUCAACUUUUAUAAUUCCAAAAGUGGUAACUUUUCAUGGUCAGCGCAAUAAAUACCUUCGUUUUCAUUUAAA